CCUCCCGUUACUUCUCUCUCUCGGGCGCUCUGGUACCGUCCGUUGCCCAAGAACUCGAAUCGCCGAAUCCGAUUCCCCUCCAUUAUCUUUGCGAAUCCUUAUCCCUUUAUUCCGCGAUCCAUUUCUUUUCCGAAUCGGUCCAUGGCCGCGGUCUCUCUUUGGUAAUUCGCCGCCAUGCUUGUCUCCUUCUUCCUCGGCUUCUUCUUGGGGGUUGCGGCCCUGGUGGCCGUCGAGGUCUUGGCGGCUCUUUGGAUCAUCGAUCGGCUCCGCCGGAAGGGGCCGGCCGUCGAUCCCCGGGAGGUGGAAGUAGGCCGCGAUCUCGAAGUCGAGCGUGCGCCAACCUACCCGUGCAACAAGCAGGGAGUUGUAUGGGUGAUAGAACCAGAGAAGGUUCCAAAGGUUAAUACUGAUGGAUCACCUACAAGAGGGUCCAAAGAGCAAAAGCAUAAGAAAAACAUUGUGGAGGUUUUCCCUGCCAAAAAAUUUGCUAAAAUCAAAGAUCAUGUCCUAAUCUUGUCAGAUCAAGAUGGUUCUCAAGCAACCAUUGAACUCCUAGAUUGUAUGGUGGUGGCUGUGUCUGCUUCAAAUUUAUCUUCACGAAAAUGGGCUAAAAGAUACCCCAUUAGAUUGGAAAGCAAGGACUCAGUCCUUUAUGGUGGAAGUAAGAUAUGUUACCUAUAUGUUGACACGUCCUGGGAGAAGGAAUCAUGGUGCAAAGCUCUUCGUCUUGCAUCCUGUCCUGACAAGAGAAAGUGGCACUGGUUUUCACAGUUGAGUGAAGAGUUCCACAAUUAUGUGGCAUCCUUAAAUGCUGAAUACCCUUCAUUUCUCAAGCCUUCAGCACUUUCAUGUGAGGCUACAGACAAAACAAGUAGGAUUGAUGGAUCUUCAAGAGUUCGUCUUUUUCUGAAAAAGCUUGCAAAGAAGGCAUCUACAAAGACUGGUGUAGAAAGUAAAACAAGUUCAGCUUCAUCAUCCGCCCGUGGUGAAAGAAGGGUUGGUGAUAAGUUACGUUCAUUGAAUGAUGCAUCAUUAACAGAUGGACUUAUAAAAAGUUCUUUAGAGGACAAGUCUUUGAGCUAUUCUUUGCAAGAUUCGGUGCAACCUCCUUCGCCAAGGUCUGCUCAUUUGGGCAACAAGAGUCUGUUUCCCAUAUUUUCUGAUGCAGUUUGUGAUGAGAAUUUUAUCAGUGAUGAGGGUACACUUUGCUGGAAUUUGUUGUUUUCAAGGUUGUUUUUUGAUGCCAAAAAAAGUGAUGAUGUACAUAAUGCCAUAAAAACACGUAUCCAGAGAACGUUAUCAAAUAUGAGGACCCCUAGUUACAUUGGUGAAGUAACAUGCACUGACUUAGAUCUUGGAAAUAUUCCACCUUAUAUUCAUAAAAUGAGGGUUCUUCCCAUGGACUUGAACGAGGUGUGGGCUAUGGAAGUUGAUAUUGAAUACUCUGGUGGUGUACUAUUGGACAUUGAGACAAGACUUGAAGUUUGCGAGCCUGAAUUGCAAAAGGAUAUAAUAAAUACAACAUUGGGACCAAGUUCUUCGGGUGACGUGAAUUCAGAACUUCUUGAGGGUAUUGAGCAUUAUAGAGAUCAGUUGAAAUUUUCAAAUAACACUGCUGGAGUGGAUAAUAUAGAUGAAGGGGAUAAAGUUGACGGGUUCAAACAGUCAAGGAGCACCAGUUGGAGGUCAAGUUAUGUGUCGAGGUGGAAGGCUAUCCUUCAUUCUAUUGCUGACCAAGUUUCACAGGUGCCGCUCUCCUUGGCAAUAAGGGUCGCAUCGCUUCGAGGGACUCUACGCUUCCACAUUAAGCCACCACCUUCUGAUCAGUUGUGGUUUGGAUUCACAUCCAUGCCAGAAAUAGAUUGGAACUUGGAGUCUUCAGUUGGGGACCGAAAAAUCACCAAUAGCCACAUUGCUUUGCUCAUUGGCAAUCGGUUUAAGGCUUCAGUUCGUGAAACUUUAGUGCUGCCAAACUGUGAAAGCUUAUGUAUUCCAUGGAUGUUAGCGGAAAAGGAUGACUGGGUUCCACGUGAAGUUGCACCAUUCGUAUGGAUCAGUCAAGAAGCCUCGGAUGUUAGAGGUCCUGAUUUGUCGAACUCCCAACAUGAGGAAGCUAAACCAAGACUUGAUGGUAACAACAGAAGUAAGGCUGGUCCUGCUUUUCUUGAUGAAAAGAUUGAGAAAGAAAAGAAUGCGAUACAAGUUGAGCAACCACCCCAAGAAUCCGUCUCAGAGUUCUCUACUUCUCAUGGUGGGUCACUUGCAUCAGUUUCCAAUGGACAGUCUUCUUUUGAUAGCAUAAAUGAGGAGUUACGUAUACCACUAUUGAGGACUAAUGAAACACAAGAGAGCUGUGAUCAGAGUGGAGUGGAGUCUCCCAGGACUUCAUCCUCUAGUGCAAUAGUAACAACAGUGGAGGAGACAACAAUACCUUCUGAAGAGGAUGCAAAACCAAAGAAAAUAACUAGGCGAGCUAGGAUGAAGGAAAUUGGGAAGAGGAUGGGAGACAAGUUAGAAGAAAAGAGACGCCACCUUGAGGAAAAAAGUAGGCACAUUGUUGAAAAAAUGCGAGAUAAUACAAGGACAUGAGAUUUGGGUUCACCCGAUAUGAAAUGCUGACAAAUUAUGGCGGGUUGAGAUAUAGUGUAGAAGUGGGAUGCCCAUGGCAAGGAAAGGAUGAUGAUUUCCAACAAAGACUAUUAACCACUUAUUAGAUUCUUUGUGAAGUGCUACUGGUGGUGGUAUUUCUCCCGGUUAGACCUAUUUUUUAAAAAUGCUUGUAGUCUUGUGCAGUAUCAACUACUAUCUAUAAACAGGUGCCUUCUUUUCCUUGACCCUAUUUAGGACGAUAUUUGUGAUACCAUUGUGCAUAAUAUCAUUUCAUUUUACCGGCUGCAAAUAAACACGACAG